CCGCCCCCGGGUCUAUAAGAGGCGCGGUGGCGCCGCGUGAGUCCCCACUGGCUCGCGCAAAGCCAUCUUGGCAUUGUUCUGCCCGCGCCGCCGCCCGCGCUGCCACAGCCCCGCCACAGCCCCGCACGCCCCCGCCAUGUCCGACACGGCCGUGGACACCAGCGCCGAGAUCUCCGCCAAGGAUCUAAAAGAGAAGAAGGAAGUUGUUGAAGAAACAGAAAAUGGUAGAGACGCACCAGCCAAUGGCAAUGCUGAGAACGAGGAAAAUGGAGAGCAAGAGGCGGACAAUGAAGUAGAUGAAGAGGAGGAGGAAGGUGGUGAGGAAGAAGAUGAAGAAGAAGAGGGUGAUGGUGAGGAAGAGGACGGUGAUGAAGAUGACGAAGCUGAGGGAGCCACAGGCAAACGGGCAGCUGAGGACGACGAGGAUGACGACGUCGAUCCCAAGAAGCAGAAAACCGACGAAGAUGACUAGGCAGCAAAUUUUGUUUCAUUUUUCUUUUCUUUGUUCUUUUUUUUUUGUUUGUUUUUUAUUAAAUAAGGAGGAAAAAAAAAAACAAACCAACAAAAAAGGCCAGCGCAUCCUCUUCACCCUUGGGACCCCCUUUCCCUCCCGUUGCAGCUCUCCCUUCACGCACACACAAACGACACACACACACAGACCUUCUUUCCCCGUGGUCAUCCUCACCAAGUAGAGUGAACCUCAGCCCCCUCCCCCCCCAGUACGGCGCUGCCACUCAACAAACAAUACAAAACGAUUGGCCCGUUAGCGGGGAGACAAAACCCCCCUACCCCUUUUCCCCCCCCCCCCUCCACACAGACCCUCUUCCCCCCAAGCACCAAAACUUCAAGGCCCUGCUUUCUUUCUUAAAAGUACUUUAAAGGAGAAUUUGUUUGUAUUUUUUAUUUACAUUUUAUAUUUUUGUACAUAUUGUUAGGAGGUCCACCAUUUUUAAGUGAUCUCGGAUUGACCAAAAGGGGGGCUUUGAAGUGUAUAUCUCUUAUCUUGUUAACCUAUCUCUGACUUUACUUGUGGUGUGACCAGGCCCAAAAAAAAAAAAAAAAAAAAAAAAAAAAAAAAAAAAAGACAAAAAAAAAUAACCACAAAAAAAAAAUUAUCUCAAAAGGAGAAUAAAAAUUAAAGGAGAAAAAAAAAAAUAAAACCAAACAAAAAAAAAACCCACAAAACCUUGUAAAAAAAUUAAAAAAAAAAAAAACUUAUAAAAAAAAUAGACAAAAAUGAAAAAAAAAAAUUUACAAUCUUAUUCUGAGCAUUCCAGUAACUUUUUUUUUGUGUAUGUACUUUAGCUGUACCAUAGAUUGUGGUUUGUAUGAGGUGGCAAGGCCAAAGAUAAAAAAGGUUUUCUUUUCUUUUCUUUUUUUCUUUGUUUUGUUUUGGUUUUUUUUUUUCUGUCUGAAGUUGCUGUUUAGUUUUUUUUCCCUCUUUUUUUUUUUCCCUUCCUUUUUUUCUUUUUGUUUUUGUUUUGGCCUGUUUGAUGUAUGUGUGAAACAAUGUUGUCCAACAAUAAACCGGAAUUUUAUUUUGCUGAGUUGUCCUAACAA